AUGGUCUACGUAGCACAACCUCAGUCCGCGCUUUCAAUUGCAGACGGCUUCCGCAACGAUCUGCCUUGUGAUGCCGUCUACUUUGGCAAGCAAAAUUGGCCACGAUCCCGCAAGCAGUCGGCGGCAAAGCAACAAGCAACAGAAUGCGCUGCCUCCCUUGCUCCUGUCCCCUUCCCAACAACCUCGGACUCGGACGCCGAGGUAGAGGCAGCCACCGCUCCAGCUCCUGCUGCCAAAGCCUCUUCGACCGACGAUUCGGAUCUCAAGUCGUCCACUUCGGUUAGCGACUGGUGUGCUCAGAUGGUCUGCUACAUUUGGUUCAGCGGUAUCGACAACCACGAGCCUAGCUACUCGCUCUCCGCCGCUUCCAGCCCUGUCUCUCGUCACGGUCGCCUUUCUGUCGCCAGCUCACCCACCACCCCCACUAAGCGUCACUCCAAGAAGCUCAGCCUCGGCAGCCUUUCUGAGGCCGUCUCCUUCUCGGUGCGCGAUCUUCACAAUGCUGUCGAGGCCCAUGCCCGAUCUGCUGUCGACUCCUGUCGCUCACGACCUAGCGCCAGCGAACGAUCCAACGACCCACGAACACUUCGUCUCUUUCCCCGACGCCGCUUCACCGACUUUGUUCGCAACAUACUCCACACCACCCAGGUCUCCAAGUCGGUCAUCAUCCUCGCCUUGCUCUACAUCCACAGGCUCAAGUCCAAGAACCCUGGUCUUCGUGGUCAGGAUGGCAGCGAGUUCCGCCUCUUUGUCACCGCCCUCAUGCUUGCCAACAAGUUUCUCGAUGACCACACCUACACCAACAAGACUUGGUCCGAGCUCUCAGGACUCAAGCUCAAGGAUGUCACCAAGAUGGAGAUCGAGUUCUGGCUUGGUCUUUCCUCCAACAUCCACGCUUCCGAUGCCGACUUUCGCAGCUGGAUUGGAACACUUGAGAUUCUUGCCGAGCGACGCCAGCUCGCCCUCGGCGCUCAUGAGGCUGAGAAGGCUCGUCAAGCUGCUCUUCGUCAGCAUGGCCUCCUUCACCACCAGUCGGCACGACCGCUCCAGCCAACACUCUUGCACCCACACUCAGCACCCGGUCUUUCGGCCAUCUGCGACGCUCCUCGCCGUAUUGCUGCCAACUCGCGUGCCGGCCAGUCUCGCUCUUGGUCGCCAGAACAGCUUUCUCUCGACUCUCGACCUCGCUCAUCACCCGCCGCUGCUACCAGCCACCUAAGCCACGUCUACGCAUCGGCACCUGCUCUUGCCAUACCAAGGUUUGAUAUCGAUGCUGCAAGCGUGCAGGCUAUCAUGAACAGCGCCGGCUACCCUACUCCUGCUUCGUCGUCGGCCGACCCGAGGCUGCUUCAGCUUGCACCCGAGCGUUGCACAGCUGGCGCCAAGAGGACCUAUGCUCAGCAUGACUCGACAAGCCCACUCAGCGAGACGCACUGCUUCCACACACCUUCACCGGACCGCGGCAGCAACAAGCGACGUGCCAUGGCUGGCAGCGACGACCGCGACCGAGCUCUGCACGCCUUCACUUCGGCAACACGCAACUAUGGCUUGAGCCCUCCCUUCGCUCAGCCUUGCCCUAGGUCGGUGUUUGAGCCUUUGGUAUCGACACCCAACACGCUGUUGGCUCCUUACGUGAUGCAGCAGCAGGCAGGAGCUGGUGCGGGUAUGCAGGCCAAGCAUCACCCCUUGGCUUACUGGCAGCUAGCUGCUGGUUACGACCGGGGUAUCUUGGGUGUCCACAUGCCAGCACCGAUUGCUUGCCAGAGCGACUACUUCCACUGGCAGCCAUCGCAUGCCGAGGCACAGCAGUUGAAUGGUGAGGACGCAACAAUGAUGCGUAAAACCUUGGCCACCACCACACCAUACCCCACCCCUCCCAUCGACGCCUUCUCACCCUUGCACCACCAGCCUCACCACCACCAGCCUCACCACCACCAGCCUCACCACCACUACACCGCUAAGCAACACCGUGCUUACAGCACCUACCCUCAAUUCUCUGCGGUCAACCAGGCUGCUCAUGCGCCUUUCAACAACGCGGAAGCACACUACGUCGAUCCUCUCUUCAUCCGAUACUAA